AUGACCGGACCACGGACCGGAGCACGGGCCGCCCUGCUCCCCCUGCUCCCCCUGCUCCUCCUGCUCCUCCUGCUCUGCUCCUGCUUCCGCCGCGGAGCCUCCUUCAACCUGGAUGUGGACAAGCCGUCCGUGUUCAGCGGACCGGACGGCAGCUACUUCGGCUUCUCGGUGGACUUCUUCAAGCCGCUGGACAACCAGAAGUCGGAAGUCCUGGUAGGCGCUCCGCGGGCCAACUUUUCGUCCCUGGACAGCGUGGUGGAGCGUGGGGCGGUGUUCAGCUGUCCCUGGAAGACCUCCGCCUGCCAGCCACUGCAGUUUGACACCUCAGACAACAGGGACAAAGAUGGAGCUCAGAUGGAGUUUAAGUCCAAGCAGUGGUUCGGAGCCUCAGUACGCUCUGAUGGAGAACACAUCCUGGCGUGUGCUCCUCUCUACCAGUGGUCCACGUUCGGCGUGUCGGAGCGCGAGCCGGUCGGAACCUGUUUCCUCAAGAAAGGAGCCAAGGUGGUGGAGUACUCCCCCUGCAGAUCAGGUGCCACCUCCCCUGAGGGCCAGGGCUUCUGUCAGGCCGGCUUCAGCGCUGACUUCCUCAAGAAGAACAACAGGGUGGUGGUGGGAGGGCCUGGAAGCUUCUACUGGCAGGGUCAGCUGAUCUCCGAUGACGUGUCGGAGAUCCUUACUCGGUCCUCUGAAGAAUACACAAAUCCGUACGAGAACACGCUUGCCACCAAGUCAGCCAGCGCCCAGUAUGACGACAGUUACCUCGGAUACUCGGUGACAGUUGGAGAUUUUAACGAUGAUGGAAAAGAAGAUUAUGUGACCGGAGUUCCUCGUGGAGACAAAGCUCUGGGUUAUGUGAACAUCUUUAAUGGACAGAACAUGGAGUCCGUGGUGAACUACACCGGCACACAGAUGGCGGCGUACUUCGGACACUCUGUGGCGGCAACGGACGUGAACAACGACGGUUUGGUGGACCUGCUGGUCGGAGCUCCGCUCUUCAUGGACAGGUGGUCUGAUGGGAAACUGAGGGAGGUGGGACAGGUCUCGGUGUAUCUGGGUCGUGGUGGAUUCUCCUUCCACUCCCCUCCUCAGCUGCUGACGGGGUCGGAGGUUUAUGCCAGAUACGGCUCGGCCAUCGCGGCGCUUGGAGACCUGGACAUGGACGGGUACAACGAUGUGGCCAUCUCUGCUCCGUACGGCGGCGCUGACGGUCACGGUCUGGUCUACAUCCAUAACGGACGCCCUCGAGGUCCUGACUCCGCCCCCUCACAGGUCCUGCAAGGGAAGUGGGCGUCCAGCUACAUGCCUGCCAGCUUUGGAUACUCCAUGACUGGAAACACUGACAUCGACCAGAAUGGAUAUCCAGAUUUAAUAGUGGGCGUGUUCGGAGCAGACAAGGCUGUUUUAUACAGAGCUCGUCCUGUGCUCAGUGUGAACGCCACUUUAGACCUGACUCCUCAGAUCAUCAACUCAGAAGAUAAAACCUGCACCCUUCCUGGAACCACCACGCAGGUGUCCUGUUUCAUGGUGAAAUACUGUCUGAAGGCCAGCGGCCGCGGAGCUCCAGCCAAGCUCAACUUCAAAGUGGACCUCACGUUGGACCGUCUGAAGCAGAAGGACUUGACGAAGCGCGUCCUCUUCCUGUUCAACCGGGCCUACCAGUACUCCAAGACCAUGGAGGUGUCCACCGGGGGCAGAGCGACCUGCGAGGAGCAGAUGGUCUUCCUGGACGAUCGUGGGUUUCGGGAUAAGAUCACGCCGAUCUCCGUGGCGAUGGAGUACAGUCUGGACUACCAGCGAGCUGCAGAUCCAACCGGACUGCUGCCGAUCAUUGAUGUGUCGGCGCCAUCCAACGUCACCAAGCAGGCUCACAUCCUGUUGGACUGUGGAGAAGAUAACAUCUGUAAACCCGACCUGAGGCUGUCGGUGAAGAGUGACCGUCAGCAGAUGUACACCGGGGACGAUAACGCUCUGACGCUGGAGGUGAUCGCUGAGAACCAGGGCGAGGGCGCGUACGAGGCCGAUCUGCACAUCUACCUGCCGCCGCAGGCCGACUUCACCGGGGUCGUCAAGGGCCAGACCCGGCUGUCCUGCGGCAACAGGAAGGAGAACCAGACCAAGAUAGUGGUCUGUGACCUCGGGAACCCCAUGAAGGGAGGAACCAAGGUGCUGGCCGAGCUGAGGUUCAGCGUGCUGCAGCUGUCAGAGGACGACACGUCGGUGAGGUUCGACCUGCAGAUCGUCAGCUCCAAUCAGUUCAACAACAAGAGUCCUCAAGUGUCCAGCAUCAUCCAGCUGGCUGUCCUCGCUAAAGUCUCCAUCAGAGGGACGUCGUCUCCUGCUACGAUUUUGCUUCCCAUCGCUAACUGGAAACCUCGAGAUCCUCCGGUGGUGGGAGACGACAUUGGGCCGCAGAUCGUCCACGUGUACGAGCUACAUAACAGCGGGCCCAGCACCAUCAGUAAGGCGUCUCUGGUGGUCAAAUGGCCGUACCGCCUCAAGAACGGCUCGCUGCUCUACAUCACCAGCUUCGACACGGAAGGACCAAUCAACUGCAGCACGGAGGUGGAGAUCAACCCGCUCAACGUGUCGAACCCUCUGAUGACGCAGGAUAUUAACGCCACCGGCGGCGUUCCCACCAGAGAACGAGAGACGGAGGGACGGAACAGAAAGCUGGUCAGAGAGAAGAGAGACCUGGAGAACAAGGACACACAGAACGACAUACUGGACUGCACCACGGCCCAGUGUCUGGACGUGAAGUGUCAGGUGGGCCGUCUGGAGAGGACGAAGCAAGCCAUCCUCUUCAUCUACUCCAGGCUCGCCGUCAACAACUUCCUGCGGACGGAGAAUCAGAAUCGUUCCUACGUGGUUCGAUCAACGGCAACAUUCAACGUCAUCGAGGUGCCGUACAAGAACCUGGAGGCAGACCUGCCGUCCAACAGCACCACGGUGAACGUGUCUGUGACCUGGUUAGCUGAAGCGUCUCAGCCGGUUCCUGGUUGGGUCGUGGCUCUGGCGGUGCUGGCCGGUCUGCUGCUGCUGGCGCUGCUCAUCUUCAUCAUGUACAAGCUGGGCUUCUUUAAGCGAGUGCGCCCCCCGCAGGAGGACUGCACCGAGAAGGAGCAGCUGCAGCCGGAGGAGAACGGCAACACUGACGCCUAGACGCCGAACAAGACGUCCGGCGGGACGAGUCAGGGUAACGAGGAGGCGUUUUCACUGUAUUCACUGUAGAGAGACGGUUCUGGUACUGGGCUCUGUUUGUUGUUGUGUUUGUGCCAAAAGGUCCCAGAGAAAACCCUCCACACUCCAGUUAGAGGAACAUCUCUCUGAGAGUUCAUGUUCCCCACCAAAUCUGCAUCAUAAAUAUGAAACUAACGGAAAAAACAAAGUGUGAAAACGGUUGAAGCGGUUGAUGUUCUGGUUUUUAUCGCAAUGAAUUUCACCGACCUCGACAUCUACUGCUGUGUUUUGUUUUAUUUAUUGCAUAUUAUUUUAAAUAUUUGUUUCAAAUUUGUGUGAAUAUUAGUAAAAAUUAAAAGUUUGUUGCUCUUUGAAAGGCUUGAAAGUUAUAUUUUUCAUUAUAUCAGCAGCAUUAAUUGAUCUUUAAAUUACAACAAUAUAAUUUGCUGCCAUCUUUUGUGGCGUUGCUUCAUAUUUAGCGUGCAGACAGAAAGAGAACUCUCAGAAAGUUUAGUUCCCUUCAUUUGACAUCUCUGAAGCUUUGUGAGUCACAGCGUAGUUAUUUCUGGUGGAGAUUUGAGGGUUUCUCGUGGAGUUUGGCCUGAUUUUUAAUUUGCACAUUUUUUUUUGUCCAAAACCCAAAAUGAUUGAUGAACUAUCUGCUGAUAAAUUUAACUAAUUUUUGAUCAGAAACACUGUUUGAUCUGUUGCUCCUGAAGUUUGACUCCUAAAGGCCGAUGUGGGAGUUCAGAUUCGUCCUCACAGAAUGUUUAAAACAAGUGGACGCCGCCUGAAACGUGAAGUGCCUUUUAAAGCUGCAUUCUGCCUCACGACCAGCAGGGGGCGACUGCAAUGUCUCUGAGAAAACGACUCGUGAGCUAUUAACAUUCUCAUAUGAGUUUAUGUUUCAAGUCUUCUUCAACACAGCAUGAGGUUCAUUUAGAGUCAAACAGGGGGAGGAGUUAGGGGCGGGGCUGCACACUGAUGGACAGGAAACAUGCCCAUAUAUGGUCACUACAGGAAUCCAUUCACCAAUAGAUGACAUCACGAUGGCUGCGUCCACUUCUUUUACACAGCAGUUUAAACACAAAAGGCAGAAAUAUAAAUAAAACUAUAUAUUUCAAAUGAAAGAAUAAUUGAUAUGAAACGAGCUGCAUUCAGUCGUCAGAUGGUUCAAUUUGUUCUGAUUUGGGGUCAAAAGGAGUGUUACAGUAAUAUAUUUACUCGGAUAUAUUCUUUGUGUGUGUGUGUUGGGUAGGGCGCUAUGCUUUGGGACGCUGUUUUUUUUUGGUGUUUUCAUUGUUUUUUAUUUGUAUUUUUUUCUACAAAACCUCGAUGAUAAUAUUAUGAAAUUGAGUCCGAUUCAUUUCAACACGAUCAGCAUUAUGUUCUUUGUUCUGUUUGGGUGGAAAAUCAUCGAGUUCGUAAACCUGACUGUUCGCUAAGUACCGCCUCCUGAAAGCUGACAUCUUUACUAUAUUUUUGAUUCAUUCUUUAACUCAUCUCAUGAAUAAAACAGUUUGUUUUCAUGGAGAACAACACAGACAUUUUCUGGCUGAGCCCAAACUUGAGUGCUAGUGAAUAUCUGCAGAAUAUUUAAAGGUUUUUUUUUUUUUACAUUUUCUUUUCAUGUUCUUUUACAUUAAAUGUAAAGGUUUUUACUGUCAGAAAACACAAAGUUUCCUUCAAUUUUUACAUUCAGCAACAUGAUGUGUAAUAUUCGUAUUUUUUUACAUAGAUAAUAAUUAUGUCCUAUUAUAUAAAUUUACAGAUUACAACUUUUUUUAUUUUAUGGCUAAUAUUUGUAACAAAAAAUAACUUUUUCUUUUUAUGGCACUGAACGUAAAAGAAACAAAACAAUGACUGUAAGAUAAUGCAGCAAAUUUUAAAGCACGGUCCAUUAAAGCGACUCCACAGGCCACAGAACAGGAGGCGGCGGUGACUAGCUACUUGUUAGCAUGUCAUAAGCUAACUAAGUUUGAGGCGUCUGUUGUUGUAUUUCCUGACUGUUGAAGCUCCUGAAGCAGCCAGUGUUAUAUUAGCACUGACUUUAUAUAUUUUCUUAUCAUAAUUGGAAUAACUAACUAGCUAGCUAGCUCCAGCGCCUCCAGAGCUAGUUAGCCAAGCUAGCAGCUUGCUAGUAAGCGAGCUUCAGUAAAAUUAAUUCUUUGUGCAGACACUUUGUCUCAGUGAAGGAGAGCUCACGGCUUCACCAGCCGAAUAGAUUGACAUCGUUCGGCUCAUUUUGUGUAACCAGUGUAGCAUGGAGCAUGGAGCUAGCUCGCUAACUGUCAAGCGGCUACCUGGAUACGUCGAUGCAACAAGUUUGUUGAGAAAAAUCUACAAAAUGUUAAAACACAGAAGGGGGACGAAAGGCUGUAAAAGGAGAACAAAUUACAGAAAAUGUUAAAUAAAGUUGAAGUGGAUGAGUAGAGCAGGAUGAUUGACAGGCGCAGCAGCAGUAACUGAGGGGGGCGGGGCUUAGCCGACAGUCAGUCAGUUACAGUUGGAACUUUCCCGCCUUUUUCUGCACCGACGCUUCUUUGAUCUUCCACUUGUUUCUUUUUAUAAAUAGUAUUAUAAGAUAUCUCCAUUCUGUGUGUGUGUGUGUGUGUGUGUGUGUGUGUGUGUGUGUGUGUGUGUGUGUGUGUGUGUGUGUGUGUGUGUGUGUGUGUAAAAUUUAAAAAAAAAAAAAACCUUUGCUAUGAAUUUACCCAUAUUGGGUUUGCAUCUUGAAUUAAUGUUUAAGGUUUAAGAUCAAUUUUUUAAAUAUUUUAAUCCAAUUAACAAUCACAAUGAAAGAAUUUUAGCACAAUAUUCAUGGGUUUUUUUCUAUCACUUGCCUUUUAUUCACUGCUCCGUGUUUGUUUGUUUGUUUGUUUGAUUUCAAGUUCCAGACGCCGUUAUUAUCAGAGUUCACAGCUGGAACACAAACAGCUUCUCUCUGCUUCUUUUUGUUCUGUUUUCUAACAGAGGAAAAUGUUCCCGUCUCACGCAGCGUGGACAUAAUAAACACAAAUUAUCUUCCGACCAGCAGCUGGUUAGCGUAGCUUAGCACAAAGGCUACAGCUCUCUGAUUAACACUGCCUUUACUCUAAGCUAAGCUACCUAUGUGCGAGCUGUUACUUCAUAUAAAAGAGUUUCAAUCUUUUACAGAAAUGUCCAACUUCUGUUUCAAUACCGGGUAUAUCGUUAAAACAUUUUAUAUCUGUGACUGAAAAUUCAAAAAUCAAAGUACAAAAUCUGUACUAACCAGGAUUUAGAUCAGUUUGCUGCUGAAGCAUCCAAUCUAUAAUCAGUAAUCUUUGAUAUUUCUCAAUAAUGGUAAAUAUUCCUAGCCGGAAAUAACCAGAAAUAAACUACUUCAAGUAGCCAGUAUAAAUGUAGAGUUCAAGCAGAAAACAAAACGGGAUUCAGAAGUCAGAAAUGAGCUGCUUGAGGAAAGAAGCUUGUGGAGAAAAUAUGUUUUUUCAGGGUUUGGUUUAUUUUAUGUUUAGUACGAACGGCUCACUGAAGCUUUCCAGAGAUUCUAGAGACGUCUUAAUAAAAUGUUUUUCACUCGUUCCACUAGAACAGAACUAAAGUCAUUUCACUUCAGAAUAUGAAUACAGAAACUGGAGUCUAAUAAUAAAACUUCCUGAAGUGGUUGAACAGAUCUUAGGUCUGUCUUAUACAUAUGGACUAUUUUUGAUGUAUGUAUUCUUUCACUAUUUCAUAAAGAGAUGAUUUCACUGUUGAACUGAAAUAAAAUGAUUUGUUCACA